UACUUGAGGAGACGCUGAGGCAACAUCUGUUGGGAGUAAACUAAACUUUUCUUCUUUUUUUUUUUAACCUACCGGAAGUUUCCUGGGCUUUUCAAGCACCACCACAGCUAUAGUUUACUUUAUUCCGCACAUGAAGGAUGAGCCGAGUUAAACUCUUUGAAAGAAGGUUGUUAAAUUCAGCUGUUGUUUGUGACCACCGCUGAUCGUUUCCUGAUUCAUCUUAUCAGCGCCGGGCUGGGACACGUACCUACCACUCCUCGCUGUCUUUCACUGUGUUGUUGUUGAACUCUGCCCGUCAGUAUGUGCCUGUUUUCAUCAUAGGUGCAUGUGAGACCAUGUUGUUUCAUCUGUGUUUACUCCUGCAACUCCUGUCAUAUGGAGAUCUGGCCUGUAUGAGGAGGUUACUGUCGACAGUUGAAGACCAAGAAGUGUUUGUAGAUGAGGGGAACGCCAAUUUGUUCCUGGGUCGCCAUCUGCUGUUCAACCGGUUUGACUUUGAGAUUUUCGUCCCUGGAAAUCUGGAGCGGGAGUGCUAUGAAGAAGUCUGCAAUUAUGAAGAAGCAAGGGAGGUCUUUGAAAACGUCCCGGCUACAGAUGAUUUUUGGAAGAAAUACAAAGCAGAUAGAGACAAGCGCUCUCGGGUCGAUGUGACGUCUCUCUUGGUGGGACUGAUAGCUGGUGGAGUGGCCAUCGUUAUCGUCGGUCUCCUGGUCUGGUAUUUCUGUCAAGGAAAAUGCAAGGACGGCCAUGCAAACUCCAUCCGGGUGCGACCAAGGAGGAGUAAUGCUUCUCUAAUAAUGCGACGGCUCGAGGAGGUGUCCUUACAACCUGUGCACCCACCUGUACCCCCACCUUCCAUGGAGGAAAUAGACCCCCCCGGGCUGCCUUCCUAUGAGCAGGCAAUCGCAAAAAGUGGGCCGCAUGACGCCCCACCUCCACCCUAUCCAGGCUCACGACCUGGAAGUAUUCGGCGGUAGUAUCAUCAGGACAUCACCUCUGCAUGUCUGUGAACAUUAAGCAGACACUUUACAUUUACAUUGUGCUGCUCUGCUUAGCGUUCAUCAUCACAAGAUUCAAAACACUUUCUUUUGUCUUCAGUUUAUUGCUCUGAUUAUCUUUCUCCACUAAUACUAAACAAGUGCCUAAAUGCAGUUUUGCGUAGCUUCUACUACUGUAACUGUUUUUCCCCUAUGUGAUUUUAUGCUUUGUAACAUAACCUCAAGCCUGUGCUGAAUAAGCCUUUACACAGUUUGCUGCUUUUUGUCUUAAUGAAAAUGAAGAAUCAAUAAUGUGUUGGAGCUGAGAGAUUUAAAUUGCUUGCAUUAUUAGGCUCCUGAGGAGAGUUGCUUUAGACACAGCAUGUGUAGAAGGGCUGAGAAUAAAAUUAUGAUUACGUUUCAUUACACAACAAGUAUUAAUUGAGGAGAGACAGACUGAUUGUGUAGUCAUACAGCUUCCUGUCCCCCCCCGUCAGAAGGAAAAAUAAUAACAGCAGAACUGAUAUCAAUGGCACGAUGGUAUUAUAUAUUGCCAUACAGGUUAUGCUUUCAAGGAUAGUACAAGUGUUUUUUGGUGUACUGGUCUACCAGCUUGCUUUGUUAAGAUUCACUUUAUAUUUUCAUCUGUAUAUCAUCAUCUUUACCACCUUAAAAUGUACAGGUUUUCUUGCUUCUGUGUCAGGAACAGUAUGGUUGAGUCAUCAAAAAUGAGAAUGCUUUUCUAAUAUGAAGUCAUGUUUACGUUCAGUGUAUUCAUUGUGGUUAAUUAUUAUAUGUACUACAAAUGGGUGGAGGCGGAAGCUCUUCAAAGGUAGAUUUUCAGUACUUCACAUUAACACAGCAGAACAUUUUGAACUUCUACAAAACAAAUUAUAGCGGUGAUUAAUAUGACAGCUUUGACAUAUUUCAACUGAUGAGAUGUAACUCAACAGUUUGUCCAACAUGUCCAAAACA